UAUCCCUUUUAGGAAAAAUAAGGGUAGUGUUCAAUAGUGACAUAUGUGGCUGAUUUUUAACUGAAAUAACGUAACGCUGCUUCGUGAUGUUCUAAUAUUUUUUUCUCUCUUGAUACUGCAACUACUUGCAACCAUGGCAUCUAGUGCACUUGAAGAAAAAAUCAAUAAAAUUCGUCAACAAAAUGAAGAAAUUAGGAGAAGAUACGAGGAAGUUGAAGAAGAUAAAAAGAAUGCAGCAAAACUAAAUGCAUUGGUGCAAAUGGUGCCGUCAAAAGAUUGGCCAGAAAGGAAAGAACCACCAGAGUUUUCAAAUCCUCCUAAAGCCAAACCAAAAUCAACCAAAGAAAAACAUGAAUACAUACCCCAACCUCAUUCUGGUGAAGGAAAAAAAAUCCAUACUUUUGCUCAAGGAGAAGGACCACCACCGGAUCCUAAAUACAACUUUUUAGCAGAUUCUGAACGAGAAGAACCUAGUGUGGAAUAUAUGAAAGAUAGCAUUGGGAAUAAAUCUCAUCACAAACUGUCAAGAGGCAAUUGCAGAAGGAAACCUGGUGGAAGAGAGAGUAGUCAGAAAGAUAAUAAACCAAAUAAAGGAAAUUACAGAGAUGAAUCUCAACCAGGAUAUGAUGCCUGGAGAGCAGAAAGGAACCGUAUUGAUGAGGAUCGUAUUAGUAGACAGAGAACUGCAGAGGGCAAUUGGCGUAGAGAAUGGGAUAAUGAUAAAGUACAUAUUAUAGAUGAUGUAGUAAAGCAAGUAUCGAGGCCUACAUUAGGAGAUUUUGCAAAAAAAGAUCACAAGGAUUCUGACAGGAGAUAUCAUGCUAAUAAUAAUGAACAUGUCAAUUAUACUCGCGGUGGUUACCGUUCUCAUCGUGGCUCAUCGAAGAAUUUUUAUGGUAACUAUGACAAUCGGUCUCAUAAUAUAUACGAGCAACAUAGAAAUAACACAACAAUGAAAACUCCAGUCUCGCCAACAUCUGAAGAAAGAACUGUUGUUGCAACAGAGAAGAGUAUUAAAGUUACAGUGAAUCAAAAUAACGUAACAAAAGGACCCGUGAUGAGUGUCAAAGUGAAUUCACCGAGCAUAGCUGGAACAGGAAGGGUUGGACCUCGACAAAGAACUCGUGUCACAUACAGCCAUUCAGAUGUUGAUGCCCCGCCGUCUGAAGGCGAACGUUUCUUUCGUCAAAAAUCAUUCGAAGAUAAAUCAAAGGGAAUUUUUUCCAACAAUCAGAAGUUUUCUAAUCUAAAAAGAUCUCAUUCACAGAGAAAGAAAGAGAACGAGACGAAAUACUCGCUCCAUCAGAGGAAAGAUAAUGAUGGAACUGCAUACAAACAUUGCGAAACUGAAUUUAGAUCUUAUGUGCAGAAGGAUCCGCAAAAAUCUAAUUCCAUCAAAUCGCCAAGGCCUACGAGAGGAAAUACAAACAUAACGAAGCACGAUUCUUCGAACAUGAAUGUUUCACAAAAACGUGAAACUCAGGAAUAUUCAAUAGCUUCUGAUGAAAUAAAACUUGAGAAUAAUGUUACAACGGAGAAUAAUGAAACAUUGCAGGAAACCAAAUGUGAGGAAACAGAUGCAUCCAGUGUAGAAAACGGGCAGAUGAACAUCACAAAUGAAAAUCAGAUUGUAAUAGAAAAGUCUUCAACGAAAACAACAGAAGAAACUAUGAUUUCUGUGUCAGGUACAGAUAAUUCUGAAUACAUUGCAAAAGAUGAUACGAAUGAAAAUUAUUUUGAGAAGAAGAAUGAGUGUUCAUUUGUGAAUAAUGCGUCAGAGAAUUUGCAAGAAAAUAGUAAUAUGUCUUCCGAGACAUUGGCUCCAGAUAAUGUUCAGUCUAAUGAGGAACUUGUGCCAAAUGAAAGUAAGGAGGUUUCGAAAAAUGUUGUUAAGGAAGAAGAUCAUGAAGAUAAUCAGCAAUCAUUGGAACAAGUUACAAAGCAAAUUGUAAACAAUGACUGUGAUAAUAUCGAAGACAAAGUUACAGUACAACAAAAUACAGAGGAAGUGACGGAUAAUUUUGUGUCUUCGUUAGAGGACAAAACACAUUCUGUGAUAGAAAAUAAUAAUCCGUCUGUAUGCAAUAAUGAGGUUGUGAAGGAAGAAGUGCUAAAUGAUGAAAAAGAGCCAGAUGAUUGUAAAGAAUUGUCUGAUGUAAAUUCAAAGAAUAUUGUAAACACAGAAAGUACUCUUAGUCAUGUGAAUGAAAAUACAGUAGAGAAAAUUGAGGAGAUAAGGGAUGAAAAAGAAGAUAAAGAAGAGAAGAACGAGGAGAAUGAUAAAAACAUUGCAAUAAAAAAUAGUACCGAUUCUCAGUAGUAUAUGUAACAGCUAUUACAUUGGUACUUUUUGAUAUUAGAACCAUUUCUAAUGCUCAUUACAUCUAAAACUAUUAUUUGAACGUAUACGAAGGAAUUUUAUGAAAAUGCUGAA